AGAUGCUUUUCUCUCUUCCUUCACAUUCCUAUUUUCCAUAUUCUAUUCACUCUCCACGUUCCUCCCAGGCGCCUUCUCUCUCGUUCCUCAAUUCCCGUUUUCCUCCUCUCAAACUUUGAAUUUUAGCGCAGAAAUGCCUGAAAUCCAAUUGGGUGCGCACACUAUCCGAUCACAUGGAGCGAAGGUGGCUAGAAGACAUUUGCAUGACUGGUUGAUUCUCAUACUUCUUGCGGUGAUUGAUGUAAUUUUGAAUGUGAUAGAUCCAUUCCACCGCUUUGUCGGAGAGUGGAUGUUGACAGACCUGAGAUUCCCAUUGAAAGAUAACACAAUUCCAUUUUGGGCUGUUCCAUUGAUAGCAAUAUUGGUGCCUCUUAUUGUCAUUCUUGUUUACUACAUCAUUCGCAAGGAUGUUUACGACUUCCACCAGGCUAUAUUGGGUCUUCUGGAUUCUGUACUCAUUACUGCGGUUGUAACUGAUGCUAUUAAAGAUGGGAUUGGACGGCCACGUCCAGAUUUCUUCUGGCGUUGUUUUCCCAAUGGCAAAGAGGUGAUCGACACAUAUACAAGAGAUGUUCAAUGUACUGGACGUGCGAGUGUUGUCAAAGAGGGAUACAAAAGCUUUCCAAGUGGGCAUACCUCUUGGUCUUUUGCUGGUCUUGGCUUUCUUGCUUGGUAUCUAUCUGGGAAAGUUAGGGCAUUUGAUCGUAGGGGCCACAUCGCAAAGCUCUGUAUUGUUUUCUUGCCAAUCCUCAUGGCAGCUAUGGUUGGCGUCUCUCGAGUUGAUGAUUAUUGGCAUCAUUGGCAAGAUGUAUUUGCCGGAGGUCUUUUAGGUAUAACAGUAGCAUCUUUUUGCUACUUGCAAUUCUUUCCACCUCCGCAUGACAGAGAUGGCUGGGGACCUCAUGCAUAUUUCGAGAUGUUGGCCGAAUCUCGAAAUGGACUUCAGCCGUAUGCUAUGAACAAUGACAGUCUUUAAGGGCAUAUUGCUUAAGCACUUGAUGAUGAGCUUCAGACUGUAUAUAUCCUGCACUGUUAUGAUAGGAAACUCAACAAGCCAAUAUUACCAGACUCUACGUUCAGAGUUCAGUGAAGAGAAAGGGAAGAUGGUAAAUGUCCAUAAUCUGUAAGAGUUUAGGCUUUGAGAAUCUCAAGUGCAGAUUUCUAUGUGGGUUUGAACUUGUUUCCGAGAUUUUGCAUCAAACCAUGCUCAUUUUACUCAUAUCAGUUAAGGUGCCUUCUGGGAUCAUUGGCUGUUAAUCAUGUGGCUUGUCGGUUUAGUUUUGAUUGAGAUGACUUUGUUGAUUUAGAAAUAUAACUCAUCUUAAGUUGACACAA